UCGCUGACAGGAGCGCGGAGCGGAGAGGCGCAGGAGCAAACGAGAGCCUGAGCAUCUUUAGACUUCUUCUUGCAGUAGCUACAACAUGAAAGCAAUAAGCCCGACGAGACCUUUUAGGAAAAAUAGCGCUGCUGGUGUCCCGGAUCUGGGAAUCUCCCGGAGUAAAAGCCCGGCGGCGGACGACCCCCUCAGUCUGCUUUACAACAUGAACGACUGCUACUCCAAGCUGAAGGAGCUGGUGCCCAGCCUCCCCUCCAAUAAGUCCGUCAGCAAGAUGGAAAUCCUGCAGCAUGUCAUCGACUACAUCCUGGAUCUGCAGAUUGCGCUCGACUCGCAUUCCUCCGUGGCGGCUCUACAGCGCCACCAGCGGCAGGGGCAGCUGACACCCAGAACCCCUCUGUCGACCCUUAACAGAGACCUGAACAGCCCAUGUCUGCAGGCUGAGGAGUUCCCGAAAGAAUUAAACGCGGAUGACAGAAAAAUAUCAUUCCACUAGACUGGUGUUUGGUUUGGACCGAAAAAACAACUGGACCUUUUUUUGUUUCUUGUUUUCCUUCUGGGUUCAUCUUAAAUUGGUUCCAGCUUCACACUCUGGUGUUAAAUAGCCUGCCGUCUAUGUUGUGUGUUACAUUACGGACAGUCGACGGUUAUUUAUAUAUAUAGACUCUCUAUGCCCUUUCUUCAAAUGGAAGGCACAGCAUUUUCCCAACAAUGGGAACGUAAAAACAAAACUUUGUCACGAGGAGACCCACGCAAGUAGUCUUUGCCUUUUUCAGAAGGUGGAGCGUGAACAGAAGACCACUUGGAUUACUACUUUUUCAAAGUAGUAUUUAAAAAACUUUUUUUUUGGGGGGCUUAUGAAGGACUGGACACUGUUAAAAUGAAUGAAUCUUGUAUAGUUGCAUAAAAAAAACUCCUGUAGAAAGGCUGUACAUCACCAUGCUGAAACUUUUUAUAAAAGUAAUGUAAACUGUACGUUUUUAUAGAAAAUAAAUCAAAUGCUUUAUUUGACUGUCAAGAAGCACCAGAAAUGUAAAAAAAAAAAAAGAAACGCACCCAAGUGAUGUGGUGUGACAUUUUCUAAACUGAACUAAUGGGAUCCUACAUCACUGCUGUACUCGGUGGUGACAAAAAUAGAGAGAAUGUGCAUUGUUUUUGUGUUGCAGAAAGAGAACGUGGCCAGGAACCGGGUGUCUCGGCGAUUGCCGGGUCCUGCACCAUUUCACGAGGCGUAGAGAACACUUGUCUUGAGGGGCGACCGUAAACACAGGCGGCUGGCCCCGUCUCCUGGGUUGUUCCACCCAGCAGAAUUACUGGAUUCCUUUUCUAAAACUGGCCACUCGUGUCUAUUCUCAACAUGCUUACUGAUGUUAUGUCCAUCAUUUGUGUAAUCUGACUCCACAAGACAGGAUUGCCCAGAGUGCGGUACUAUAUCUAACUUCAUAGCCAACAGCCCCUGCAGGUGGGAUGUUUCCUGUAAAUACAUACCUAUAAACCUUGAUUUUCUCUUUAAGUUUUACAUGCUUAUUAGCGAUGGGUUUAACACUUUAAAACAUGUCUGGCUAAAUUGGAUUUUUUUUUUUUUUCUACAUGAAAAGGAAGAGUUGCGUAAGUUUGAAUGAAGUCGCGUAGAACACCGAUAUUAUGUGGUUUCGAGUCCACUGUCUGUAGAGGCGCGCGCGGUUGUCCAGGAGUCCGUGAGCGCGCACCCGUGAGUGCGCACCGUGGGCGCGCACCGUGGGCCCGAAGGGAACCCCGUGAUGGAAGCAACGGGGAGAGCAUUUCUGUCGGGCGGAACCGAGACGAGUUGCUCGGCAAACUAAUGUCACUUUGUGUGGUUUGGGAGAUAAGAUAAUACUCUUGUGUGCUCCAGUGGGCGUUUUUCCACUUACUCGCAGCGCAUCCUACUAAAUCUAAAGCUGAAGCACUUGCUCUGUCUCUGUGUGUCGUAGGCAGGAGAGGAGUAUGAGACACAGGGAAUAUUUAAAUAUACGGCAAUGUUAAGGUACUUUAAGCGUUUUAUACUAGGCGGUGUAAUUCGUUUUUUUCACCAAUUUGGUAAAACUUGCCAAAUCGUUAAUGUAUUCGGUCUUAAAAUGUUACAUGUCAGAACUUUGACAGAGCGUAACUAAGGAAGACGACGCGGAACGUCGUAAGCCGUUACUGGGCAGCGCGCGCCAUCCAGCGGCCGGCACGCGCCGUCACCGGAAGGACCUUUCAGCCGCUCGUGGCAACUCGCUGCAGAAGCGAAGACUGUUCGGGAAAGUCACGUACCCAGAGUGGGUCUGACCUGACCUGACCUGACCUGACCCGACCCUAGUGUACAGAGAUGUCUACCGCGCACUUCUUAAAGGGCUUGACGGCAACAGUAUUUAGUCUUUACCUGACCGACAUGUGUAAGCAUAAAACUAAAAUAUGAAAUAUUUAACUUAU